GGCGGCCGGCUGGCCCGGGACCCUGACAGGAACCGGGGCUGAGGGCGCAGUCACCCGUCAGCCCGAGCCGCCGUGGCUGCGGGCCGAGGGCCGGUGGAAAGGACACAAGAUGAGUCCGCCACACUGCCGGUGUCCGAUCGGGUCCUGGCCGGCAGCAGCCCUCGGGCAUUUGUAAGUGUUGGGGGGCCCGAAGGUCCCUGCACCGCACUCCCCGAGGCAGCCAAAGGCCCCCCGUCUGUGCAAUGAAGGCAGCAGUGUUUCUCAAAAGCAUCGUCGGGAGAGUCUGGUUUGGGGUGUAUGUUGGUGCCGGUGAGGGAACAAAGAGCUGCCCCAGCCUUGCAGUAUGAGGGCCUGACUCCCUGCCUGAUUUCCUGAAUAACACCCCAGAUUUUUUCAUUCCAGGACGCAGCUUAACGCCCCCUUUCUGAACUCUGAAGAUCCUGUAUUGUAAGUCAUCUGAGGGAGCCACCUGGUCCUUUUCAGCCAUGACGCCAGAGACUGUGCCCCCGAGCCAGGGGACCCCAGCUGGGUCCAGCUGUAGCCUUAAUAACCUGUUGGGUAGCCAGAAGCUGAUGGCUGUGGGGGUUGUGCUCGGCUGGCUCCUGGUCAUCCACCUUCUGGUCAAUGUGUGGCUUCUGUGCCUUCUGUCUGCAUUGCUAGUGGUGCUGGGAGGAUGGCUGGGCUCAAACGCCAUUGUGGGUGCUACAGGUCGGCUGCACCUGGAACGCUUCAUCCCAAUAGCCAUCUGCCCUCCAAGCCCUGAGGCAGAGAGGCAGCUGGAACAGGAGAUUAACCACACCAUCCAGAUGAUUAUCCGGGACUUUGUGUCAUCCUGGUAUCGCUUAGUGAGCCAGGAGCCAGCCUUUGAGGAAGAGAUAGAGGCAGCCAUGAAAGGGUUGGUCCAGGAGCUCCGAAAGAGGAUGGGCAUGGUGGACAGGCAUGCUUUUGCCCAGAGAGUUCUGAUUCUCUGUGGUUGCCACCUGCAGAGCUAUAUUCAAGCAAAGGCAGCCACUGCAGGAAAGCAGAGUGGUCCAGUUGAGCCCUCACAGCUCUGGGAGGCUUACUGCCAAGCUACAGCCCCACAUCCUGCUGUACAGAGCCCCAGUGCUGAGGUCACCCAUACGCGUGGCAUUGUGGAUGUGUUGCUUCGAGGACUAGUGCCUAAGCCGCACUUGGAAACCCGGACUGGACGCCAUGUAGUGGUUGAACUCAUUACUUGCAAUGUAGUCUUACCAUUGAUCGGCAAGCUGUCUGAUCCUGACUGGAUCCACCUUGUCCUUGUAGGCAUCUUUUCCAAGGCCAGUGAUGAUCCAGCAGAAGAGUCUGAACUGCUCCACCCAGCCAGUGCCCUGGAAGAGCCCUCGGUGCCCACAUCUCUGCCACUGAUUGUUGAAGUAGAGAGUCCACCAGAAAUAAGAGCUCCUUCUCCAGUAGCAGCCCCAGCGCUGCUAAACUGUAGUGAACCAGAGGGGCCUUCAGGUUCCACCCCAGAGGUUGAAGAAGGUUAUGAAGCUGUAGAGGAAGAUUCGGGUGGCAUUUCAGAAGAAAGAAAAUUAGGAAGCAACUCAUGUCAUUUUCUACAGCCAGAUACUCGCGGCCCCCUGUUCUUAUGUGAAGACUCAGAGCUAGAGUCUCCACUCUCUGAACUGGGGAAAGAAACCAUCAUGCUCAUGACCCCAGGCAACUUACUGUCUGACAGGAUUCGAGAUGCUCUAUGUGCCCUAGGGGGCUCCCAGGCUCUGGAGCCUAAGGAUGGUGAGGGAUUGGAAGGAACUGAAGGAGCAGAGGCUGAAGAGGAUCCAGGGACAGAAACAGAGACACGCCUCCUGGUCUCCAUGCUGAACGCCUGCCCAGAGAUCCAGAUUGACACAGCAGACAAGCCAGUAGAGCAAGGAGAUGCUGCUUCUCUUACAGCUUUCCCAGAGGGGCCAGAAAUGACCUGCCCCCUGCGACCUUCAUGCUUAGAGAAGGAUCUCACAAACGGUGUGAGCUCCCUUGAUCCUAGUCUGCCACAGGUUCUGCUUUCCUCCUCUCCAACCAGCUCUCUCAGCUCAGCCACCUUCAGCUUUGAGUCCCUCAGUAGUCCAGAUGGCCCAAUUGUCAUCCAGAACCUUCGUAUCACUGGCACCAUUACUGCCCGGGAGCACAGUGGCACUGGAUUCCACCCAUACACACUCUACACCGUGAAGUAUGAGACAUCCCUCGAUGGUGAGAAUGCCAGUGGCCUGCAGCAGUUGGCCUACCACACUGUGAAUCGCCGCUACCGGGAGUUCUUGAAUCUGCAGACCCGGCUGGAGGAGAAACCAGAUCUACGAAAGUUCAUCAAAAAUGUGAAAGGGCCUAAAAAGCUCUUUCCAGAUCUUCCCUUUGGAAACAUGGAUAGUGACAGAGUAGAAGCCCGUAAGAGCCUUCUGGAAUCAUUCCUAAAGCAACUGUGUGCCAUUCCUGAGAUCGCCAACAGUGAGGAGAUGCAGGAGUUCCUCGCCCUCAAUACAGAUGCUCGGAUUGCCUUUGUCAAGAAGCCCUUUAUGGUCUCCAGAAUAGACAAGAUGAUGGUGAGUGCUAUCAUGGAUACCUUGAAGACAGCGUUUCCUCGCUCUGAGCCCCAGAGCCCCACAGAGGAGCUGAGUGAGGCGGAGACAGAAAGCAAGCCCCAGACAGAAGGCAAGAAGGCUAACAAGUCCAAACUGAGGUUCUCAUCCAGUAAAAUUGCUCCAGCACUGAGUAUGACUGAAGCACAUGAGAAGGUCCUCUAUUGUCUCCAAGAAGGCAAUACGGAAUCGGAGAUCCUGUCCCUGUCUGCAAUGGAAUCCUUUAUUAAAAAACAGAACAAGUUGUUAGAAAUGCAGCCAGAGGAAACCCCAGAAAAAGAUUCUGAACAAAUCCCCAAAAUAUGUGUGGAUGGUGGCUUGUCAGACGCUGCCAUGCCAGCCCGUGACCUCAGCAACAGUGAUCCAGGGGCAGAGACAGGUUUAGCUGACACAGCCCUGGAUCUGCUCCUCUUGCUGCUCAUGGAACAGUGGAGAUGGCUGUGUACUGAAAAUGUGCAGAAGGUUCUUCAUCUGAUCUUUGGAACCCUGAUUCAGAGAAUUCUAGGGAUCCACAGAGGUGCUUCAGAAGCCAACUUAGAGGCUAAGGGAAAAACUGAGUGGGAAUGAUCUAAUCAGAGCAGUUCUCCUUUGAUCAUUUUAGUAUCCUGGGAUCUGGAUAAGGUUUUGUUUGAGAAAGGGGCUCCACUGUGUUAAAUACACGCACAUACAUACAUGCACACACGGCCUCUCAUUUAGAGUAUAAAGUCCCAACUCCUUUCUCUCUUGGCAUGGUCUAGCCCCAGUCUUACUUCCCAUACUCCCCACGCAAGCUAUCCACCACUGCCUGAAGUUUCUGUGGUCUCUCUUCCUCCAGGCCUUCGUAUAGCCUAUUGUCUCUGCAUCAGUGACCCUUGUCUACUCAUUUAUUCUGCUCCUUCGCUGUGGUCCUAGCUUUCCCUCUCUGUGCCUGUUUGGGCUACUCUAAGCAUCUUUUAAAAACUGAGCAUUAAAUGUCAUUUGGUCAAACUUUCUAUGGCACCCUCUACCACUUUGCCUCAGAAUUAAGGAGACGACUUCUCUAUUCCAGGAGCCUUCGUGGCAAAGUAGUUAAAGCAUUCGGCUGCAAACCGAAAGGUCAGCAGUUGGAACCCACCAGCUACUCCGUGGAAGAAAGAUGUGGCAGUCUGCUUCUGUAAAGAUUUACAGCCUUGGGAAACUUAUAACCAAAAAAGCCCCACAAACCCACUGCUGUCAAGUCAAUUCUGACUCAUAGCAACCCUGUAGGACAGAGUAGAACUGUCCCAUAAGAUUUUCAGGGAGCAGCUGGUGGAUUCAAACUGCUGACCUUUUUGUUAGCAGCCAAGCUCUUAACCACUGUGCCACCAGGGCAGUUUUACUCUGUCCUGUAAGGUGGGUAUAGUGUCACUAUGGAUCAAAAUCAACUUAACAGCAGGUUUGGUUUUGGUUUUUGGCCUUCUCUAUUCCCAAAGUUUUGGCAAUAAUACCACAGUGUAUUCUAAAUUCUCUGCCUAUUUCUGUAGAUCAGUGGCUCUCACCUGGGGAAUGAUUUUGCCCCCCAGAGGACAUUUGGCAAUAUCCAGAGACCAUCUAGUGGUUAGAGGCCAGGAAUUCUGCUAAACAUCCUAUCAUGCACAAAACAGCCCCUGCCCCACCCAACAAUAAUGAAUCAUCCUACCCAAAAUGUCAGUGAUUAUAAAUUCUAGUGAUGGGGGGAGGGGGAGGAAAAAAUAAAGCUGAGGGAUGAGAUUUAAAGAAGUGAGUAUAUUGUUUCGGACUCUCUAGUCUAAGUUAGGCCGUUUUGUAGCGUUUGUCUCACUUUGCCUUAAAACACUCAUUUUUCUGUGUCCAACUGGGGAGUCAUCUGGGCCUUCUUCUUUUAUUCAUUAAAAAAUAUAUAUAUUAUUAAGGACUACUCAAUAGUGAACGAAACCGUCCCUAUUUCAUAUAUUUAAGUUUAACAGAGGUGAGUACUGAAACCCAAGGCCUUUCCCUUGAUCACAGAGCUACAAUAUGCUGUAUUUAACCUCUCAGAGCGUUGGUUUCCUCAUCUGUAAAAAAGAAAUGUUAAUGCUAUCUCUCUCCUUAUGUCUUAUCAUAUGCUCUUCAGAAAACGAAAGAAGGAUAGAAAGUAUUUUCUGUUUCUAAUCCUCCAGCGAAUGGACCCAAAUUGCUCCACUUUUUAUGUCUUCAGGAUGCCCCGCCCCCUACCAUCUACUCUGGCCAGCUGCCAUCAACCCUAUUGUGGCCGUCCCUCUGAGAUACACAGAAUAGGGCAUCUAAACAAUAAAGGCUUUGUGAGGCCUUUGAGGUGACUUCAUGCAGUGGGCUCGUUUGUUAAAGCCAACAACCAGAACAUUUCGGUCUCUCAUGUCAGGACACAGAACACCUGGUAUCUUUCUAGCACAGACAAGCAUGCGUUAAGCCUAUAGUCAGUAGUAUUUUCCAGGUUAUUGGUGCUUGGUUAUGUGGGUGGGAAGUGCUGCUGGAAUCAAAGCAUCACUGUUCUAAUGAAAAGAGCUGAAAUCAGGCUACAUUCCUCAUCUUUCCAUCCCUGCUCCCUGACACAUACACUGGAACCAUGCCUCUAGUUGGGUGGAUAAGCUAGCUGUCCGGCAAAUGAAAACCAGCAGAACCUGUAUGCAGCCUAUGCCACAGAAGAAAUGAGGGAGAGGGCUCACAGCCGAAUUUCCUUUGUCUUUCUUGUCUCUGCACUUUUUGUUUUUUUUGUGGGGAGACAUCUCUAUUUGGUAGGGGAAAUACUGGAUGUAUUUGGUGAGUUUAAAUGAAGCCAAUAUGAAUAUUGUAUAAGAACAGAAUUUGUGUCCAGUUACUUUUAGAAAACUCUUUGUAACUGGUCUGUAUAUUCAUUCGUCAUAGAUAUUUUUAGGUGAUGCUAUCUUGCAGUUUUCUAUUGUCUCAUAUUCCUUCCUGUCUAAAAGUUCUUAUGUCUAAUUCAGCUUUAUCCUUAAGCCCAUUUUGUUUUAUCUGCAGUGGAAACAGGAAUACAGCUAACUGGUACCUUUCUCACCCUAAGUCUUAACAGAGUAGAGUAAAGAAACACAUCCUUCCCUGUUUAAGGCCUGUCAUCUUUCCUAUGAAUCUUCACUCCCAUUUAAUGAUAUUCUUGGCCUUCUUUUCAGAUAUCAUGGUGCUGGGUUCACAGGGUUCUUGAAGCCUCUUUAAGAUAGGGAAAAAAAAGACUCAUUGCUGUCGAGUCGGUUCCGACUCAUAGAGACCCUGUAGGACAGAGUAGAACUGCCCCAUAGGGUUUCCAAGGAGCGGCUGGUGGAUUUGAACUGCUGAUCUUUUGCCUAGCAGCUGUAGUUCUUAACCACUGUGCCACCAGAGGUGGGAAAUCAUGGGUUUCUGGAGAAAGAAUCACAAUUUCCCCUCCAGAAGCUCCAAAGGUGUGAUUCCUGUGGCCCAUGACCUCACAGCAGCAAGGCCUCAUGUGCAUGGUAGACCUGGAAAAGAUAGAAUUUAUUUCAGGAUUCAGAGAGUAGACAGUGAUAAUCUUAUUGGCUCACUGGGACCACAUGGCCAGUUCCCUGAGUAUAGGUAACUUAGGAUUGCUAUCCAGUAAACAUUUACUGAGAAAGUUUACUUUGUGCAGAUACUGUGCUGAGCACUAUGAACAUUUUAUAUCAUGUAAUCCUUCUCAAAAGCCCUGUGGAAGAGUUAUUAUAAGCCCCAUUUCAAAGAUGAGUAAACAGGAUUAUCAAGCAUUUUGAUGAUUUAAUGAGCUAAUAAGUAUGUCAGGGAGAAUUUGGAUCCAAGUCUGAGCUUACACUAUUAAAUACUAUUAAACCCUAAACUAUAAUGACUCUCUAACUUUCAGGAUCAGAUCUCUGUCCUGUGACUUGGAGGGAGAAAACCCAGCCCAAACUACUUAGGCUCCGAGUGGUAGACAGCCCCUGAGAGGAGGUCAUGUAAACUGCAGCUCCGUAAGUGCACACUCACAUAUAGCACAGGGCCCUGUGGCAUCAUAAAGUCAGCCCCUAUUACUUAUUCCCUUUUAAAAAGAGGUUGAUGCAGUGCUAAACGCUUUAAUAAACAAAUAAAGCUGGAAACUCGAUAUCUCCCCAAAACUGAAGUCCCCUUCUGCCCCCCACCCACUACGUGAGGUGUGGUGUGAGGUCCCAGCCUAGUUCAGCAUUGAGCUCCCUGGAACUGUCCCUGUGACUAGUGCCAGGAGGCAGCAUGUUGGUUCUCUGUCUGGAACCAUAGUUAUCUGAGCCCUGUCUUUUCACAGGAUCCUUGGAUCCUCUUCCUUAAUGUUCUGUGCUGUAGGGAACAGGAUCAUUGGUAUUGGUGCCACAGGGGGCUACUGCCACUUCUCUUAUUAUCUUGAACACAUUGCAGUUUGGGCCUCAGGGAUGGUGCAGCCACCUAGAUUUAGGGCAUUUCCUGCUAAAAAUGUUCUCAUUUUCCAGCCUCCAGCAUUAUUAUCUCUAGGUAGGUAAGCUCAGUUCUUCUGCUUCCAGGUUCUUUUACACUUCUUGCUCCCUUAGAGACCUAUACAUCACUGUCGUGGACUCCAGGGACUUCUGCCAGAUCGUAAGCUCACUCUCUCUAGUCUGCAAAGAAAGAAGAGUAAAUUCAACCUCAUGACCCUCUUUCUAAGCCAAGGUUGGAAGAGUUCUGAUGUGAGCCAGACUUCAUAAAUCUCUCUUGAUUGUUGAUGGUGUGGAGGGAGUGGGGGAGGGGAGCUGAGAGAAGUUAGAUGCCCAAAAAAGGCAUUGUUAAGUCAAAGGGAAGCCUUGCACGCAUGCGCCUGACCUAGUCUGUCAGCUUCUUUGCUGGGAACAUCCCAUUAUGUAACAAGGAGCACUCCCUAUUUGGAGUCAGAGACAAAGGGAGGGCAAAGGAAGUGGGGGUAGCCCUCCAAGCCAGGGAGCGAAUCCAGCUUAUGCAAACUCUGCUCUUGUCCGAAAACAGAAGAAACCUGACAGUAUCCCUGCAUGCAUCAGAAUCAAGUUUAGGGAGUUGGACAAGCACUCAGAGAUAGACUGGGCUGGAGGGAAAAAGGAGAGAUGUACUGUGCUCCAUUGAUGGUAGAAGUUUUGGGGCAGGAAGAUCCAGCCAAGGUAAGGGGUAAGAUUAUUAUAGAGUCUUGAUGUAGGGUGAAGGAAUGAGAAGAAGCUGGAUCUAUUCCCUACCUGGAUGCCCAGAGCAACCCCACAAUAAAAAUAGGAGCCAGGCCAGCAGUAGAGUACACGAAUGCCACGUCCCAUGGCUCUGCCCUCCCCAAGGCCCUGAAGAUGGCACCAGACCCUGUGUCAAAAGGGCAGCAGACACAUUCCUGGCAUCUGGGUCAGGAUUUCUUAGUUAAAGAGGGAGGGAGUGAGUGAGUGUGUGUGUGUGUGUGUGUUGAGGGCACAGGGGAAUGGAAAUGGAACAGCCUGGCAGAGGGAAGAGAAGAGAAGGUUCUGUGAUUUGGAGGCGGCGGAGAGUAGAAGUAAACGUAAAGUGAAGCAGUAUAUAGAGAGGAAGAAGAAAAGAAACAGUGAGGCAGGUUUAAGGAGCUCAACCAACAGCGGAGCCAGGAGAAAAUUAAGUGGCAAGCUCUGGAACAUACGCCAGCCAGGUCAUGGAAUGGUUUCCUUAGAAAAGAGUUCUCCCUACAAACCAGCUCCCAGGAGAGGUCGGGAGAGGGUCUGUGGCAGAGAACGUGGGACCACUGGAGGAUGCUGUGCCCUGAGGUGGGAAUGUUCACCUUCCUUAAGGACGAUUAUGAUCUGUUGACCAGUACCUCUUUUGCCCCCCCAUUCUUUUAACGUCAGAAGAGCCCUGGUGGCACUGUGGUUAAAGUGCUCAGCUGCUAUCCAAUAGAUUGGUGGUUCAAACCCACCAGCCACUUCGUGAGAGAAAGAUGUGGCAGUCUGCAUCGGUAAAGAUUACAGCCUAGAAAACCCUGUGGGUCAGUUCUGCUCUGUCCUUUGGGGUCACUAUGAGUCAGAAUUGACUUGGUGGCAGUGGGUUUGCUUUGUUAUUCUCUUAUGUUGCCCCAGAACUGUAGGUCUUCUCUGAGUGGAGUUCCUUUCCAGGGGCCUCGUUCUUGGUGGGCAGGUAGACAGAGCAUCUUUCUGACAUUGGUUAUUUCGUAGUGGAAACAUUACCAAAAACCCACAAUAAUUGCAACAGGAAAGGAACUAAUAUUUCCUAACUGUUCCUGCAAGGAAACCCUGGUGGCGUAGUGGUUAAGUGCUAUGGCUGCUAACCAAAGGGUCAGCGGUUCAAAUCCACCAGGCGCUCCUUGGAAACUCUAUGGGGCAGUUCUACUCUGUCCUAUAGGGUCGCUAUGAGUUGGGAUCAACUCGAUGGCACUGGGUUUGAUUUUUUGGUUUUAUACCAUGCAAACAGCUGUAUAAUUUAUAUACUAAUGAGAAAAUCUAUGAGAAAGACAUAUUUUCCACAUUUUACAGGUGAGAAAAAAAUGGUAUUCAGAUUCAGCAACCUUCCAAGAACACAGAGCUAGCAAGUGCUUCACCUAAGAUUCCACUUACGUCUUCCUGGUGUCAAAGCCCACGCACUUUGUACUGCUCUGCAGCACCUGCCCAUCUGUGCAAGCUUUUCCACAAAGCAGUGAUCACUGAAAUUGGCCUCACUCUUGUUUAUUCCCAUGUAAUCGCUCUUGCGUCUACCUGACUGAGCCCAAGGACACAUGCACUUGGUGGGAGCAUACAAAUUUAUUUCUGUCUGCAUAUUCUGAUUUUACUCUCAACGCACUCCUGAGCCAGAGGUUUGUCUAAUCUCCCAUACAUAUCUCUAUUCUACACCCCAUUCCCAGCCAGAGUUAAAUUCCAGCAUUUCCCAGAAAACACAGAUUCCGUUUUUCCAUUUGCUGUGUAAGCUUCUCUCUCUCAGUUUAUCCCCGUUGCCUUGCUGUGUCUCACACCUGAUCUUGUUGUAAACAGCUUCUGUUGAAAAAGGCGUACUUUUGCAAGAGGCCACAGUUAACAAAAUUACCUGAAACUAAGUCUUCAGAUUUCCCUAUCGUGUUAUUUCCUGGCCCUCUAGACUGUUUUUACAGGUGCUGAAAGUAGUGUUCUUCGGUGAUCGUGUCUUUGCUCAGACUGUGUUGUGCUUUCUUGGGGAAAAGGAACUUGUCCCAUGCCUCUUCCAAUAGAUCUUGACAAAGGGAAAUUCUUGACUUCUGCACAAUGAACCAGGAUGGGUCACAACAGCCUCUCCCAAUGUCUGAGUGUUUCCGCCUGUCACAAAUCUCCCCCCGUUGUGCCUAGAAACACCAUACCUUUCAUGUCAGGUACCAACAGUCUCUACUUGAACAUACCUUAGGGUUGUAGCAGGCGGUGGUAGCUGUCUGGCUGUGUGCCCGUGUGUGGGUGUGGGUGUGCACAUGUGUGGAGUGUAUGUCCUUAAAUUUUCAUACCCUCAAACUGAAGUACAGAAUUGGCGAAUGUAAAAGUUAAGACAAAAGCAGAAUAUCAUGGGAUAUUUAAAACUCAGUCUUUUUUCCAAAUGAAGCUACUGGUAUCUCUUGUCCAUCUAAAAGUACAAAUAAGAAACCAAGUGCUUGAUGUUUUGAUACAUGUUGAUAGCUGGGACUAUGUCUUAUUCACUGUUACACUUGAAGCACAUAACAUAGCCUGCUAUAGAUAGAGCGCUGAAUAAAUUUCUGUCAAAUGAAUGAAUGUCAAAGAUCACACACCAUACCACGUGUAUCAGUCCCUCUGCUCAUCCCUAGUGAGCAUCUCAGGGGCUCCUUGACAGAGUUGGGGCCAGGAAGCACAAAUGCUGGUGGAAUCUCAUUUCUCUUGUUCCUCUACGAGGCUUGUGAAGCUCCUUAAUUGCGUACCUCCAGUUCCCAGACCUUAGUUGGGCCUAAGCAAAGAGGUUUUUUUCGGACCCUUCAGGCCAUCUCCCAUUCUAGUGGUAUUGUCCUUUUCCAGAAGAACACAGUGUCCUCAGCUAUCUUGAGCCUCUACCACUAUGAGGCCUCUAAGGAGUUUGCCCCUUCUGGAAGCAGCUCCUGCUUUUGUGCUUUCUCAACCCCUUUCCUUCCACCUGGGAAAGUAAGAAUAUGGACUUUGAAGUCAGGCAGAUCUGAAUGAAAAUCCUGCCUGAGGCUUACUAUCUGUGUAACUUAGGACAAGUUACUUAACCUCCUUUGUCUCAAUUACUCCACUUUGCAAAUGGGAAGGACAGUGCUUAGCUCAUGAAGUUUUGUGGGAUGACUGAUAGUAACUGAAAGCCUCUUGUGCAUACCUAGUACAUGGCAACACAUGGCAGCACUCGGUAAAUGUGAUUUCUCUUUCAUAUUUACAAGCCCCUUUUUCCAUUUCCUCAGCCUUUUAUUUACUGUGACAUUAACAUAUCUAUCGGAUGUAGACUAGAUGAUAGGUUUACAUUUUAAUGGUGUUUUGAAGAGGUCUUGAUAGUGAGUUUUUCUUGCUCUGUGGUCUGUUAGACAGAAAGUCAUUUUUGCAUCCUUCAGAUCAGGGCAUCUUCCUUCAUAGUAUGGAGCCCUUCAUAUUAUGGCACAAAUGGUUAAGCACUUGGCUACUAACCGAAAGAUUGGCGGUUUGAAUCCACCCAGAGGUGCCUUGGAAAAAAGGCCCGAAAGUCACUGAAGCUCCUCUAGAGCACUGCUCUACUCUGGCACACAUAUGGGGUCACUAUGAGUCAGAAUCGACUCAACAGCAACUUCUUUUUCCCCUUCGUAUUAUCUGCAUAUACACUCCAUCCAUCCUUCCUUAUUUACUUACUUAGAACCUCCCCCAGUUAUAUCCAGAGCAGACACUCAGAGUUUCCAAGAACCAGGGAAUUACCCCUUAACCCAGGUGCUCCAAAUGUUCUUUCAUUGCUUUCUAGGAAACUAACUUUUUCCUUGUUAUGGUGACCCCUUUACAGGUAAUUUUUGAAAAGUGCGUGGAAGAUGUGAUGCUUGUGCGCUGGCCACCAUGUAUUCCUGAGCAUACACCUGUCAUGGGCUAGGUCUUCUGACAUAUAUGACAAUGUGAGGUCAGGUAACCCAGCACAAACCAUAAAUGGUGAAAAAACGUAGAAAGGAUUCUUGGAUAAAUAUUGUUGGGAAGGCUUUAGAGAGGAAGGUAUGUCUUUAAAACUGAAUCUUGUAAAAUAGGUAUCAUCGUGACUGGUUUAGGCUAGAGUAUUCCGGGUACUGAAACAUUUUUUAAAAGGGGAGAGACAUUAUUUCUACUUUUAAAUGAAAAGUAACCCUUGAAUGCAUUUUGAGUUUCUUCCACUAGCCCUUUCUGUGCACACCUGAGAGAAAGAGAGAGAGAGUGUGUGUUUGUUUUGCAUUUGUUUUUUUUUUUUCAGUAUGCUAUUAUGGAAAGACUACCAGGCAAUUGUUGCUGCCUCGGUAGUUGGUACAGGAAUUCUUCAUUUGGGCACCAGGUGGUGCUGCAGGUUAAGGAAUCCCCGUUCACCUUUGAGGGAGGCAUUUAUUUUGCCAUUAUAGAUUCCUUGCCUUGGUGGUGAUGGUAAAUUAAAGCCAUUUGUUGUCUUGUUCCAUGAUUCAGGGGCCGCUCAUGACCCUCGUUAGUCCCACUGAUUUUUUGACAUGCCCGCUUUCUCUCAUCUUGCACCCUUCUCUCCUCUGUUGCAAUCAGUCUUCAGCAUGUGCAGGCUUCUCUGAGCCAUGUGUACUGCUAGAAGUUGCCCCUUUGAGUGCAUUCCACCCCUCAAGGAUUCGGUGCUGGAGCUGACUCAUCAAGAGUGUUUUGACUCAGGAACCCAGAGUGGACCAGAUGAUGAAACCAGCUGGACAUCUGAAACUGAAUUUUGUCAGUACUCUCUAUAAGCUAGUUGGCCUCACACUCAAGGUCUUUUUGGACCCCAAAUUUCUAGAUAUAGUCCAUCUCACUAAGGUACAGAUCAUGAGUGCUGGUUUGCCCUGAUAUUGGGAAUCUUAUUAUAAGCAAGAGCAUUUCCUAUUGCUUUCAGCCAUGGAUGGACAUAGUCUGGCUCUAUCCUAUUAGCUUGGUUUUAGAGGAGCAACUACAUGCUAAUGCCUCAGUUUGGGUCUUCGCUUCUGUUCCUUGGCAGAAGCUUCACCACAUGCCCUGUGGAGGAGCAGACCUGUUGGGUACAGGAGCAGGGAGGAAGUAGAGUGAACUUCUGGGAAAUAUCCUUUAGUCUAUCUCUGAGGUAAUGAUGGCGCCAAAGGAUUUCUUGGGGGAAUUUAGCCCUCCCCCAACAAACAUAUACUCCGUAUAAAAACAGUAUGCUUGCUGUGGAAAUGCAUCUGUAACAUAGGUCUCUUAACAGCCUCCUCUUUCCGAUGUUUUCUAGCCAGAGUUGGUGCCUCCAACAUCCCUACUACAUGGAGAGUCUGAAGUUGCCACUGCUGUACCCUUAUAUCGUUAGUAUCAGGAUAGCCUUCUACUUGAAAAGGUUUUGAAAUUCAACCUGUAGGCAGGAGACUGGAAAAAAAAAAAAAUACCUUUGGAUAGCUCUUCUAUCCCCAAGAUGAUUCUGUUUAUUAUAAUCACUUUUCCUUUUCCCCAAACCAAAAAAUCAAACCCAUGGCCUUGGUCAAUUCUAACUCAUAGCAACCCUACAGGACAGAGUAGAACUGCCCCAUAGGGCUUCCAAGGCUGUCAUCUUUAUGGAAGCAGACUGCCACAUCUUUCUCCCAAGGAAAGGCUGGUGGGUUCAAACUGCCAACCUUUUAGUUAGCAGCUAAGCACUUAACCACUGUGCCACCAGAGCUCCUUCCUUAUCUCCACUUUCCCAGUAUUUUUCCUGCUUUCUUAAUUGACAUAGUUUCUCAAAUUCAUCCUUUUUUCUCCUUGAGGCUAGUCUUUUCCAGCCGGCUCUAGCCAUUUUCACAGCCUCAUUUGGAGCCACACAGUAUCUGGUAAUUUAAAUACAAUCCCUGAUUCUCCUCCUCUCAAUCAAGGCUGAGCGUGCUCUAAAUCUAUUACCUAUAAAAUUUGGAGGAGUUUGGGGGUUGGUCUCAUCUAAGUAGGAAAAAAAAAAACCAAACCCAUCGCUGUCCUGUCAAUUCUGACUCCUAAUGACCCUAUAGGACAAAGUAGAACUGCCUCAUAGGGUUUCCAAGGAGCUCCUGGUGGGUUCAAACUGCUGACCUUUUGGUUAGCAGCCAAACUCUUAACUCCUCAUGACUUCUCAUCUACCAGCCCUUUCCUUCCCAUGGGCCUCUCCUGUGGUGGUGGUUGUAUGCCCAGAGCAGUGCAUGUGUGAGGUAAAGUCACCGUGAACAAUGGGCCUUUCGUUGUCAAGACAACCACUAAAUGACUGCCUUCUCCCCUCCUUUGUGUUCUGCCUUUCUUUCCAGUGCUCCAACUCUGAGGGUUUGUCUCUUUCUUCUUGGCCUUUCCCCUCUACUAGACUCAAUUUUCUUCUGAAUGGGUGGCCAUUUUAAUUAGCCUUCCCAUUCUCCACCCCACCUCCCUGCCCGGAGGUGCCGAGAAAGGAAAGGGUCAGAAUAACCACCUGGCAACAGACUGAGCCAGGCUUGCUGUUCACACAGGACCAAGGAAAGGCAGAGAGAGACAUUUUAGAACCUGUGCUCUUAGAGCAAAAAUCUCUUUGUUUAUCGCAGAGAGGUCUUGUUUUAGGAAGGGUUCAGAAAUAGUCUUUAAAUUACCCAUAAUGCCACAGGGCCCCUCCUCAGUCCUUGUAAACACUCAGGAGUAAAUGAUCCACUGUCCCAAUACUUACUUCCCUGACGUGCCAGGAGGAGAAGUUUUUCAAAAGGGAAAACAGACACAGGAAAUGCAAAACUCACUCAAGAUCCAGCCCCAGUUCAGUUCCCUGGACCUGGUGGAAUUUUUUAAGAGGGUCAGACCUGCAUGAACACACAUGCACUUGCAAAAAUGCUUUCAUUUUUCUCAUUGGAUCUUGACGAUACCUUUGUGAAGAAGGCAAGGCAAGCAUUAGCCUAUGUUAUAGAGAAGGAAAGAAUUCAGAGUUCCUUCAGGCUUUAAGUGGUCAGGCCAGGUGCAGACCUGUGGGAGGGUUGUCUUGUGUUUCUCCCACUUUUUACGGCAUACUGCCUGUGUGGACCUUGAGGCUUUUCUGGCUGCAAGCACGUCUGUUCCCCAGAAGAAGUACGAGAUGUGUGCCUUCUGUGAAGCUUAUUUUGUGUGUCAUGCUUUAAGAUCAGUAUUUGUCUCACAUACAACAUUACUUAUUGACUGAUAUUUACUCAUUACCUACUCCGUCCAAGCACUUUGUUAAAUGAUCAAAAUACAAAAAUGACUCAAUACCUCUACCAUAAGAUAUUUAAGAUUCAGUUGGAAAUGCAAACUUAUAAAUAAGGAGUUCUAGUAUAAAAUUGGGGCUUUAAAAAGAACUCUAGGCAUGAUUCAGAGAGGAGACUAAGUAAUCAAUUCUGAGGAGUUCAGGGAAGGCUGACAGAAGAGAAGACAUUUGAGAUGGGAUUUGAAGGACGAGGGCGGCGGGGGAGGUUCGACCAGCAGACAUUGGAUGAUGGAGCAUCCAAGGCAGAGAGGUAAAACCGUAUAGCAAGUUGGUGGUGCUUGAAGAAGAGGGGUGUGAUCAGGAAUACAAGACAUAAGAAGAGUGGCCGAAGAUAACACUGAAGAGUUGAGUAGCCAAUUUAUACAGAGCUUUGUAAGCCCCUCAAAGAACAUAGGGUUUGAUCUCCAUUUGGUGGGAAACCAUUUAAAAAAUUUAAGCAGGUGAUGACAUGAUCAAAUAUGUAGUUUAUAAACAGCACUUAAAUAGUGCUGUAUAGGAUUAGUUGGAGGAGGUAAAGUUGCAAUCAGGGCCAAGAUGAUACAGAGGAAUAGCUAACUCUGUAGCUGGUACCAAGAAGUUUGUCAGUUUUCUGUACUAUGACAUAAGACACUUGCAUGGUAGACUCCUGACUACAGACAGAGUGCAACUCAAGCAUAUUAGAAAGAAUAUGUUUGGCAGGAGGCUUAUCAAUCUAGCGAAAAGGAACAAGCUGAAAAAAAAUACUCUAAUAAAGUUAAAAUUGAAUAUUGUAGAGAACAGCUGGCACAGAAAGGAAAGCAGAGGUGAAUGAGAUGUACUUUAAUUCACAAGAACAUAAUAGAGAGUAAGAAUGAGAUAAAGAAUAGUAGUGUUUUUAAUGCCAUAAUAACAAAGGAGCUUAGUUUUAACACCAUAAGGUAUCAGAGUUUUAGCCUAGAAUUGGUUCAUUCCGUAAAUGUUUGAUGACUUUUUGUGUAAAACACACUGUGGCUGUACAUGCUGAAGGAGAUACCAAAGUGAAUUAGAUAAGAUCCCUGCACUCAAAACCUUACAGUCUUAGUCUUUUGGCACAUAAAGGAACCUUGAUCAGUAAUAUACUAAGUAAACGAAUAAACGAAUUAAACACAUAAUUCCAAUGAGAAAGAAAAAGAAUCAGCAUCAAGUGAAAUCAGGGUAGCUCACCGAGAUUAGAAGCUAAAUGAACAUUUACAAAAAUAGGGGAGACACACACUCAGUAACGAAAAAUGGUAACAAUAGAGCUGAUAAGAAUGGUGUCCAACAAACUUAAACUCAGAAAGAGGUGAAGCUAUGGGCUAAUAUUAGGGAAACAACUUUUAAAAAUAAUAAAAAAAUAAUAAACAUGCUAAAAACAAGAACAAAGAAAAUUCAGGCAAAUUGUUGGAGACAGUUGGUGCAGUGUUAACUGGCUACAUCGAGAAAACAUUUAUUUCUUCACUCAACAAUGAAGGAAGGGGUCUACUGUUUGUCAGACUACUUCAUUUUUGUUUUCUCUAUCAAGAAAAAUGGUCUAACAAGAAGAGAUGAACAAACAUGAUUAAACAAGAAGACUAAAAUAGGAAUGAAAAUAAUAAGAGAGCAUUUAACUGUUUUAAAUAAAUUCAUAUACCUGGCCCAGAUGAAUUAUAUUCCAUGGAACUUAAAGAAUUUGUGUGUAUAUAUAUAUAUAUAUCAGAUUUUUUUUUUUAUAUUAGUGAAGGUCUAAAAUCAUUAAGAAACAUUGUGACAUGAAAAUGUAUUGGACUGGAGAUGGGCAGAUAGCUUGCCUUUUACCAUGGGAUAAAGGCAUUUUUCUCUGGAAAUUCCUAAAACAGGUUAUUAAGUAGAUGUUUUGUGACUGCUCAGGAAGGGAAAUGGUGAGCCUUGGAAACUGGUAGGGGUUCAAUAAAAUGUUUGCUGGCUGACUGUCUCAGUCAUCUAGUACUGCUAUAACAGAACUUCCACAAGUAGAUGGCUUUAACAAAGAGAAAUUUAUUCUCUCAGAGUCUAGUAGGCUACAAGUUCAAAUUCAGGGUGCCGGCUCCAGGGGAAGGCUUUCUCUCUCUGUCAGCUCUGGAGGAAGGUCUUUGUCAUCAAUCUUCCCUUGGUCUGGGAGCAUCUCAGCACGGGAACCUCAGGUCCAAAGGAUGCGCUCUGCUGCCAGCACUGCUUUCUUGGUGGUAUGAGGUCCCCAUGUCUGCUCGCUUCUGUCUUUUCUAUCUCAAAAGAGAUUGGCUUAAGACACUACCUAAUCUUGUAGACCUCAUCAGUGUAAUUGCCACUAAUCCAUCAUAUUACAUCAUAGUGAUAGGAUUUACAAUACACAGGGAAAUUACAUCAGAUGAUAAAAUGGUAGACAGUCAUACAAUACUGAGAACCAUGACCCUAGCCAAGUUAACAGACAUUUUUGGGGGACACAGUUCAGCCCUUGACACUGACUAGCACAGUUUCUUUCUUUGGUGUGGUAAUGCAAUGGUUGUUUAUUAUAUAUGGAUUUCAACAAGCUUUUGCCAUAUUUUUAUAAUAUACACAUGGACAAAAUGAAUAAUUGUGGCCUGGAUUAUAAUACUUUCAAGUGAUUCAUAGUCAAAUGUCUUUAGCCCAAGAAUAUUAAUUACUAAAUUGAUACCACUUUAGAGGGAACUUUCUAGUGAUAGAGUACAGCUCUUGGUCUUAUUUUAUUUCGUUUAGAAUUUUCGUCAGUAAAUUUGUAAGUAUAUUUAAUCUUAGAGGUAUAAUUAAUAGCCUGGAUGACAAAAAUCAAGACUUAAAAAGAUUUAGGAAGGUCAAUUGAGUGGUACUCUAAAACCAACAAGAUGGAAUUUAAUAGGAAUCAAUAUUAUACAUCAGGAUAUAGAUUUUCUAAAAAAUUACACAGGUACGGGAGGGCAAGACUAGGUGUAACAGGCGUGUGAUUUUUUUUUUUUAAUGCACAUACAUGGACCUACAGUUUUAGAAACUGCAAACUCAAUAUGAGUCACUGCUUUGAUGAAUAUGCCAAAAAAGCCAACACCAUCUUAGACUACAUCAAUAGAAGUAUAGAGUUUAGCUCAAGGAAGGCACCAAUCCUACUGUUUGCUGUGCUGGGCAGAUCACAUCUGGGGCUUGUGUUUAGUUUGGACACUCCAUCCUAAUAGAGAAUAACAAAGCAGAACACACCCAGAGGGUGGAACCAGGAUGGGGAAUGGUUCAUUUCACUUCCUUCAUUCAGCAAACAUUUAUUGAGGGUCUGUUGUGUGCCCAACUUUGAUGUGGACAGAAUAAAAAAUAUAUAUAUAUAUAUUUCUGUGUGUGUAUAUAUAUAUAUUUUUUUGUAUAUAUAUAGCUUGUAGAAGAGACUUAAGAGUCAAAUAUAUAUGUUUAGAUAUAUAUUUUUAUGUAUAAAUGUUUAUAUAUAUAGCUUGUAGAAAAAGAGACUUAAGGGAGAAAUAAUAGCAGAAUUUGAAAAUGCUAAGUGUUGUGUCUUGAAAGAGAGAUUUGACUUAUAGCUGUAACUCCAGGGAGUGUAACUAGGACCAAUGACUAGAAUUUACAAGGAAGCAAAUUUUGGUUGCCAAUAUUUAAGAAGCAUCGCUAAUGAAUUAGAGUUAUCCUUUUUAGGAAUUAAGUGAUUUCCCCAAGGUCACAUCGCUAAGUGGUAGCAGAGGUAAGAGAAGAGCCUAAGUUUCAGGUUUCACAGGUCAGCGCUCUUCGCUAUGCCUUUAUAUUAUAGAGGGGACUUCUGCUCUGGGAGGCAGUUAGAGGACAUAACCUCAAAGUUUUCUUCCAGCUCUAAAAUUGUACGUUCCUAUACAGCCUCUUGCUAUGAACUGCUCCUUUUUGAUUCUCAGUGUUUUCAUAUGUGAAUUGAUGAGAUUGGAAAAGAUAGCCUUUAAGGUUCACGUAUGUGAUCUCUUGAGUGCCCUUUUUUGAUUAAGAAGCCUUCUUAAUUCUUAGUGCUCAUUGAUUGUGUAUCUGUGACUUGUAAAUUACUAAUCAAAAUCAAAACCUGUUGGUGGCUAAAUAUAAAAGCAUGCAGCUCAGAUUCUAAAAUUCUGUUGUGUAGACAGUGUUUAGUUCUUUCUUUGAAGCACAUGCUUUAAAGAUGUGGAUCCAUGAUUUAGAACAUGAGAGAAAAUACCAAAGAAGAAAUUGUGCGGAUUCCAUGAGCCAUUUGAGAUUUUGCAGAAGUGACUGGGAGAAAGAAACAGGAGUUUCUUGCCCUUAGAGUUCAUUUCCUCUUCAUUCUUCUCCAGCACAGGGCAGGAAAGAAUGGUGACCUAGAUACACAGUCAGAGGGCAGCAAUGUUGAACUUUCUCAGACACAGCUUAGUAAUUUGGGUCUGGCCAGCUACAGGGCUGAGAAGCUAUAGCUGAACGCUGACAGGGAGGAACUGCCUAUAAACACAAGAAGGGGCUAUGGGCAGGAAGGCAAGAGCCUGGGAAAGGAAUCCAAGGGGAAAAGAAGCUGCUUUUAUCAGGUGUGAAAUUGGCAGCAACAACUUGUUUGAUGAGAAAUGCCCUGAAUUUACCAUCACCCCUAAGACUUCCUUUCUUUCCCACCCAGUAGAUUGGGGGUACUGAUUGGAUGAGCAAAUACUCGUGGUAAUGUGCUAAGAGUCUCUGGGUACAGGACACAAGAUACAUGGUUUAUGCCAUUAUAAACAUUUUGCAAGGUGCUUGGGGGCGGGUAGGGGCAGAGAUUGUUUCCAGGAAGCUGAAGAUGUGGUUUGGACUUUUCUCCCCCAUCUCUUGGAUCCAAAAGAAACCCAAACCCCUUGCUGUCGAGUUGAUUCUGACUCUUAGUGAUCCUAUAGGACAGAGUUGAACUACCCUACAGUGUUUCCAGGGAGCAGCUGAUGAAUUCGAACUGCCAACCUUUUGGUUAGCAUGCUCUUACCCACUGUGACACCAGGGCCCCUGUAGAAUUCCUAAUUCCUUAUUGUAUCAGUGUUUUUUCAUUUUAUUUUUAACUCUAAUCCACAGUAAGAAAUACAUUUUACAUUGUGACCCAGUACGAACACACACACACAAAUACAUAUCCCAUUGCCAUCCAAUCUAUUUCUACUCGUAGUGACCCUAUAGGACAAAGUAGAACAGUCCCAAGGGUUUCCAAGGCUAUGAUCUUAAUGGAAGCAGACUGCUACGUCUUUCUUCUGCGGAGUGGCUGGUGGGUUCGAACAGCCAACCUUUAGGUUGGCAGCCGAGCACUUAACCACUGCGCCACCAGGGCUUCUACAAAUACAUAUAUACAUACAUAGAUAAAUAUGAAAUAAGUGUCCCCAAACCACAAAAUUGAUUACAUGAUCUCUAAGGAAGUACCUGUGUUUUAUUGACUAUGCAAAGGCAUUCGGCUAUGUGAAUCAUAAAGAAUUGUGGAUAACAUUGCAAAGAAUGAGAGUUCCGGAACACUUAACUGUGCCCAUGAGGAACCUGUACUUAGCCCAAGAGGCAGUUAUUAGAACAGAACAAGGGGAUACUGUAUGGUUUAAAGUCAGGAAAGGAGUGCAUUAGGGUUGUAUCCUUUCACCACACUUAUUCAAUCUGGAUGCUCAGCAAAUAAUCCAAGAAGCUGGACUAUAUGAAGAAAGCAGGGCAUCAGGAUUGGAGGAAGACUCAUUAAUAACCUCUGAUAUGCACAUAACACAGCCUUGCUUGCCGAAAGUGAAGAGGACUUGAAUCACUUACCAAAGAAGAUCAGAGACCACAGCCUUCAGUAUGGAUUAUACUUCAUCAUAAUAAAAAGCAAAAAUCCUCACAAUUAGACCAAUAAGCAACAUCAUGAUAAUCAGAGAAGAGAUUGAAGUUGUCAAGGAUUUUAUUUUACUUGAAUCCACAGUCAACGCCCAUGGAAGCAGCAGUCAGGAAGUCAGAAGACGCAUUGCAUUGGGCAGAUCUGCUACAAAAGACUUCUUUAAAGUGUUAAAAAGCAAAGAUAUCACUUUGAGGACUAAGGUGUGCCUGACCCAAGCCAUGGUGUUUUCAGUUGCCUCAUAUGCACGUGAUGUGAAAGCUGGACUAUGAGUGAAUAAGGAAGACCAAAGAAGAAUCAGUGCAUUGACAUGAUGAUGUUGGCAAAGAAAGAACAAAUCUGUCUUGGAAGAAGUACAGCCAGAAUGCUCAUUAGAAACAACAAUGGCGAGACUACGUCUCAGAUACUUUGGACAUGUUAUCAGGAAGGGCCAGUCCCCAGAGAAGAGCACCAUGCUUUGUAGAGUAGAGGGUCAGUGAAAAAGAGGAAGACCCUCAGUGAGAUGGAUUGGCACAGUGGUUGCAACAGUGCACUCAAGCAUAACAAUUGUGAGAAUGGCGCAGGACUGGACAGUGUUUCAUUCUGUCAUACCUAGGGUUACUAUGAGCUGGAACUGACUUGAUGGCACCUAACAACAACAGCGCAGUGAUGUACAACUACCACCCAUCUGUCAGCUUGUUGUACUGUGUUGGCUUGAUGCUGUGCUGUUAUGAUGCUAGAAGCUAUGUACUGGUACUUCAAAUAACAGCAGGGUUACAAUGCUGGACAGGUUCUAGUGGAGCUUCCAGACUAAGACAGACUAGAAAGAAAGGCCUAGCAAUCUUCUGAAAAUUAGCCAGUGAAAACCUUAUGAAUCACAACAGAACAUUGCCCAACUCGCUUGCUUUGGACGCAUCAUCAGGAGGGAUCAGGGUUUCUGAAGUAGAGGACCAGUGAGGGUGAGGGAGACCCUCGGUGAGAUGGAUUGGCAGAGUAACCAACAAUGGACUCUGACAUGCGGGUGCUUGUGAGGAUGACAGAGGACCAAGCAACGAACCUUUCAUUCUGUGGUACAUGAGGUCACCAUGAGUCAGCAUUGCUUGAUGACAGCAAUCACAUACAGCCCACAAUUUGGUGAAAAAUAUUGUGCUAUGACCAUCAGUUGUAAAAUGACCAAAAGUAGACUUUUGAAUCCAAGAGAUACUAAGCCUAAAGCGGUAUUUCUUAACCAGAAGCACUAUGGGUAGGGGCCGGGAAUGCGGCUAAACAUUUUACAGUGCAUAAGACAUGCCCCACAACAAAAAAUUACCAAUCCAACAUGGCAGUAGUACAGAAGUCGGGAAACCCUGCUGUAAGGGUGAUGAGGCAGCACUUCUCAUCUACUGUAGAUCUAUUUAAAAUGAUAGAAACUGUAACCUGAUCUUCCUUUCCUCUUUUUCUUUCAACUGUGUUUGGUACCUUAAGAUGAGAUUGGAGCAUACCUAAUCACUGUUGGGUUGUUUAUUAGGUUUAGCCUAGUGAAUGAACAGAAAGGCCCCAAGGAAUGAGUCUCUUGUUUUUGUUGUUUUUUUUUCCCGUUAGACUGCACUUGCAUUUUGUUAGAAUAUCAUAUUGCUCCUUUGAAUAUUUUCUGUUUUACAAUUUUAAUAUCCUUCUCCGCCACCCCCUCCUCCUCCACAUUAAGCCAUACUGAUGCAGCUGUCUUGGAAAAGAAGCCAUAGCAGCUCUCUUGGAAAAGAAGUGAUGAGAAUUUGGCUAAUUGGAUUAGACAUGAUCCCUAAAGCCCUCUCCCUUUACUCAUGAGAUUUCUUGAUUCUGCUAUUUUGAUGGGAAAUGACCUUCUGCCGACUUUGAAGUGCCAUCUUAAGCCCUGGUAUUAAGUUGUCUCCCAUUUAGCUACGACUUCAUUCCUUUAUCUGCAGCUAUUGCAGACCAGGUUCCCUUCAACAUAGACUAGAUGUCCUCUCCCCGUGUAAUGGCUGGUCCUGAUCUCCAGAUCCUGUCUCCUUCCAUGCCGAGCAUGAGAGAUGCUCUUGAAUGUCAUCGUGUCAAUCUGUUGGUGCUUUUUUUUUCUCAUUUUGCUGCCUAUUUCUGGAUUCCUUAGUAAGGCUUCCAUGUACUCUAGAUCAUUCAGAGAUGGCCUUACAAAACAUACCUAGGUUGCUUUUGUUUUUGGUCUUUUUUUUUUUUUUCUUUGUUUUGUUUUGGGAAGAAGAUAGGACAGAAGAAGGGAGUAUCUCUGAAUCAAAUGUCAGAACUGGAGUACUGGUAGAAAAAUAAAACCAGUGCCAUUUGACGCUAUUCUCAAUCAUAUUUUUUUUAGCAUGUUUACCUCAUGCUUCUUGUAUUACAUAAACAAUAGCAUUUGUGUUUAGUAAAUGAUUUAUUAAAGGAGCCCUGUUGGCGCAGUGAUUAAGCGCUCGGCUGCUAACCAAAAUGUCAGCGGUUCAAAACCACCAACCUCUGCAUGGGAGAAAGAUGUGGCAGUUUGCUUCUGUAAAGAUUACAGCCUAGGAAACCCUAUGGGGCAGUUCUGCUCUGUCCCCUAGGGUCACUGAGUUGGAAUUGACUCAACAGCAAUGAGUUUUUUAAAUGAUUUAUUGUAAAUACUCUAUAAUAAAUAGUGGUGUGUGCAUGUCCGUCUACUUUGAAACUUUAGGUUUCUAUUAGUGUAAUUGUAAGUGGUACCAACGUAAGUGGUACGAGAUGGAUUGACCCAGUGGCUGCAACAAUGGGCUCAAGCAUAACAACGAUUGUGAGGAUGGCGCAGGACCAGGUAGUGUUUCACUCUGUUGUACAUGGGGUCCCUGUGAGUUGCAACCGACUCAACAGCACCUAACAACAAGUGGUCCAAUAAAUUCCAGAAACUACUGCUGGAAAAGCUCCUGUGAUACAUUGGAUAUCAGACACAUAAAUCCCAUUUCUUUGCUUCAAGACAGCUCUAGAGAUACAGAUGUAUUUUAACCUUCCUACUGCUAGGUUGGAAACCCUGGUAGUCUAUUGGUUAAGAGCUAUGGCUGCUAACCAAAAGGUCGGCAGUUCAUAUCUACCAGGCGUUCCUUGGAAACCAUAUGGGGCAGUUCUACUCUGUCCUGUGGGGUUGCUAUGAGUCAGAAUCAACUUGAUAGCAAGGGGUUUGGUUUUUUGGUUUACUCCUAGGUUGAGGAGCUCUGGUAGCUCAGUGGUUAAAGUGAUUGGCUGUUAACUGAAAGGUCAGCUGUUCAAACCCACCAGGUGCUCUGUGGGCGAAAGAUGCGGCAGUCUGCUUCCAUAAAGAUUUACAGCCCUAGAAACCCUGUGGGGUCUCUAUGAGUGGUGGGUUUGGUUAAGAAUAGGUUAAGAUCUAGGUUAAGAACAGAAAAACUACAUGCAAAAUAAAAAGAUGAAGGGAACUAAGGAGAAGUCCAGGGUUUUUUUCUUUCUUUUAGCACCCAUAAACCCAAAUCUUGGCUUUCCAUGCUGUAGUUCAGUUUUAGAAUAAACCAAACAGGACUGGAGAAAUUAAUAAAGUUAGGUGAUGAAAUGUUGGUGUAUAUGGGUGGAGCUUUACUGUAGAGAAGAAUGAUAGAAUAAAAGGAAAGGAAGAUUGGGAUAGAGAGGAGAGAUGAGGUCAUUGGAUGAACAAACCCCAUCCACUUUAUUGUUGUCGAGAAUCUAUUGGCAUUCAGCUCUAUGCCAGGUGUUAGGCAAGGCACAUUAUGCUGAAUCCCUGAAACUGGCCAUUUAUAAAUCAUAUCUUCGAAGCUGAAUUACAGGUCACAAAUUUUUAGAGAUUGUGUUGGGUAAGAAACAGGGUAGUUCAGGCGGCGGCUGCAGUGGUGGUGAUUUUCUUGGUUUUGGCUCUGUCGUUGUUUCCUCCCAGAUAGAAGCAUUCAUCAUUCAUUGCCAGAUAGCAUACCUCAGAAGUUCUGUGGGCAACAAAGAUUGGGAGCACUUGGCCUUUCCCACAGGCUGCGUGGGGCUGGAAAUGACACCAAGCUCAUCCCGAAUGUCUAGGAGCAAGUCUCUGUGUUCUUAGAGGUUGAGAAUUAGGAAGAUCCUGGACAAGACCGGAACCCUGAAAAGGGAGUGAGAGUUUAAGUCAUGGGGGGUGCAAGUGUUUUGUUUCAUUCAUCUCCAGGGUACGAAGAAGAGAAGGAAAACUGAAACUCUGCAGCACCCCCAAGUAGAAGCCACUUUUUACACUCGUCCCUCUUCUUAGACCCGAAAUUUAUUUUAUUUCUGCCAGUUUGUACAAGUCCUGUUUCUUACAUUCCUAGGCUGACUCUCCCAGGGCCUUCUGUUGGUCAGUCCUGUGCCUCAGGGUAUGUAAUGAUCAACAGCAUCCCUGUUUUAUCAGCAGCUGACCUCUGACUUGGAGACUUCAGUCCUCUUUGUCAGUUGCUUUUGCUCAGCUUCCACACCUUUAUUUCACUCACCGACCCAUUCUCGUUAAGUGCUUCUUUUUACUUUUUUAUACUUUGUCUCCCCAGCAUGCAUGCCCAUUUAGAGUUCGAUGUAAGUUGUGAUGCAUUUAUAAAUUCCUGCUUUACCAUGUAUUAAAAUGUGUUUCGCAUUUGGCAUACGUGCAUUAGAUGCUGAAUCACCGUGGAGAAGGGUGAGGAGGACGCCCUUGCCAUAACGAGCGUAAGGCCCUGUCCCCAUCAGAUGAAUUAACAUUAAUUCACAACACUCAGAUACACUUAUAAGACAUGCCCAGAACAUGACUGCAGUACAGAGAUUUCUGUUGCAUAUUAUGCUUAGUCUGGGAAGGGUUGAAUGAACUCUGAGAUACUUUGAAGGUUUUGCACCACAGGCAUUAUUAGCUCCAGAGGACAGAAAUAAGGGCAGACUGGCUUAUCGCAUGCAAAUGUAAAUAAGAAACUGAACCAGAACUAAUUCCAGCUCAAGGUUUCUUGUUCUGGGAUUCUCCAGGCCCUUUGGAGGACUUAGAUUUUGGUUUGUAAGACCUUGUCCAUUUCCCUCAUAUCACUUAGGUAAGACCCUCGUCCACAUCAUUGACCUCAGCAAAAGUCACCGAAGCAGAUGUAGCUUGAGGUGAAGACGGGAGACCUUGGGUUAAGAACGUUGGGUCAUUUGAUCCCCUGCAGAGAACCUGAUCAGGUCACUGCAUCCACCUCCCUUUGGUGACCCCUUCUAUAAACAGGAAUAGGAAUUCUUGCUACUGGAUCCCUUUCAUCAAGCGUCUUAGGCUCGCUGAAUGAAAAGCCCUAUAAAAAGGAGAUGCAGCCCUAAUAAUAACAGAUACAAUCUUGAUAGCUAUUUUUGAAGAGCGGCUUUGUGCCGCUCUUGAUCUCCAUCAAUGUCUGCCAUACUUGCCCUGCUAUUACCUUUCAGACUUCCUAUUCUUAGAAUCAUUUGUGAGCCCUGGGCUUGGGGGAUUGUAGCCCCCAGGGCUGGAAUGCCUAGCUUGAGUGGAAUGCAGACUGUCUGGCAGGGUGGAGGUUAAAUAAAGUUUGCCUUGGCAGCCCCCUCUGCUCUUGGAUGGGGACAAGUAACUCAGGCAUAGGAGUGAUGGCAUGAGCUGCCAUGUGUUGUAGUACUAAAGGCAGUCCUCCAUGUGUGCGUGGAAGUGGUUGACCAGGUGUUCCACCCAUGGCCAACAUAACCAUGCCAUCUCAACCAUGUGCGUACUAAGGAAGCCUUGGCCAUCUUGAACCUCAUGACCAUGUCACUCUGGAAAAAAAUGCAGGAACAAAUCAAGAAUAAAUAACAUAGAAACUGAGGGAUCUUCAAGCCAAGGCCUCCCGAUUUGGUGUAUCUGUUCCCUCAGAGUUAUUGACUCAUUUUUGAAAGAUGAAGGGGGAAAAUGCCAAUGUAAUAAGAACGAUUGCCAAUCAAUCAACAAACAUAAGACAGGGUUCCUACUCCUGUGGCGCUGUGAUUUGGUUGAAAAAGUAAAGCUGCAAACGCAUAAGAAAACAGUUAAUAUUACAAAGUAAAGUACUAGUUCUCAUCGGUGCUAUACAACUGAGUGCUAAAGAGUUCUAAGGGGCGGAAGAGCACCUCUAGCUGGAAUGGUCAGGAAGGACUUCAUGGAGGAGGUUGCUUUAAACAGGUCUUCCGGAAGGGAAGGCUUCAGCCUGUUGGAGACGAGAGGCCAUGCCAGUGAGAGGACAGCUGGAAGCAAAGGGAAGACCUGGGCAAGCCUCAGCACAGGGUGUGGGGAUCUGAAGACAGCUGGAUGCUGUAGGAGUGGCUCAGGAGGGGGAUUUGCAUGCAGUUACCGACUCUUGGAAACCCUGGUGGCGUAAUAGUUAAGUGCUAUGGCUGCUAUCCAAAAGGUCAGCAGUUCAAAUCCACCAGAUGCUCCUUGGAAACUCUAUGGGGCAGUUCUACUCUGUCCUAUAGGGUCGCUAUGAGUCAGAAUUUACUCGACAGCAGUGGGUUUGGUUUUUUUUUUUUGACCGACCCUUAACAGUAAAUGCUGUGCAUACAGGCUAAUGAGGGUGUUAUAAUGCUUCCUGCUUGAGGAGAGGGGAAAGUUUAGGUGCAGCCUCACCCAGAGACAGGGGUUGAACUAGAGGCCCUUUUAGUGUUGUGUUCUGUAAAACAACAUGUAGUUCCUAGUGGGCACUCAGUAAGUAACAUCAUUAUUAUUAUUAUUAUUAUUA